UUUUCUCUGGAGCUUCCUUUAGAAUUCCGGAAGCCUUUCUCUCUCACCCUCCCCGAAGAACUCCUCCGUAUAUAAUCUAUCUAUCCUUCUUUCACGUAUUAUCCGCUGAAUUCGAGCCCCUUUUCCAUUCCUGGGUGCUAAUCUCCUGAUAAAAAGAGAAGUAAUUUAGGGUGAAACACACUGAAAACAAAAGUAAAUAAAAAAAAUUUCAGGGUUUUGGAAAUGGGAAUUUCAGAUAAUGGCACAAAGUUUCUUCAGGAACUGGCAUUAUAUGCAGCAAGUGCAGCUCUUAGUUGUUUGGUAUUGUUUGCAGGGCUUAAACACUUGGACCCAAAUCGUGAAUCCUCUAAGAAAGCCCUUGAAUUGAAAAAAGAAAUCUCUAAACGUUUGGGUAGACCUCUUAUUCAUACUAAUUCUUAUGAGGAUGUUAUUGCAUGUGAUGUCAUAAAUCCCGACCACAUAGACUGCAAGUUUGAAUCAAUUGGCGGUUUAGAGAGCAUUAAGCAGGCACUAUACGAGUUGGUCAUUCUUCCACUGAGGAGGCCUGAGCUGUUUACAUACGGGAAACUGCUUGGUCCCCAAAAAGGAGUCUUGCUUUAUGGUCCUCCAGGAACUGGGAAGACAAUGCUAGCGAAAGCUAUUGCAAAAGAGUCUGGUGCUGUUUUUAUCAAUGUGAGGAUAGCAAAUUUGAUGAGUAAAUGGUUUGGUGAUGCACAAAAACUUGUUGCUGCUGUAUUUAGCCUGGCCUACAAAUUACAGCCUGCUAUUAUCUUCAUCGAUGAGGUAGAUAGCUUUUUAGGACAACGCAAAAGCUCUGAUCAUGAAGCAUUAAUGAACAUGAAAACAGAGUUCAUGGCUCUGUGGGAUGGCUUUACAACUGAUCAGAAUGCCAGAGUAAUGGUUCUCGCUGCUACAAAUCGUCCAUCAGAACUUGAUGAAGCUAUUCUUCGCCGUUUUUCUCAGGCCUUUGAAAUUGGAAUACCUACUCGCAAGGAGAGGGCAGAGAUAUUGAAAGUUAUUCUGAAGGGCGAGAGAGUGGAAGAGAACAUCGACUUUGAUUAUCUGGCUAGUUUGUGUGAAGGAUGUACUGGUUCUGAUCUAUUUGAUCUCUGUAAAAAGGCUGCAUAUAUUCCAAUUAGGGAGCUCCUAGAUGAUGAGAAGAGUGGGAAACCACUUAAUGCUCCACGGCCACUGACACAAACCGAUUUAGAGAAAGUCCUCAUUACGUCAAAAAAGACAAACGUAGCUGCGCAUGAAUACUCAAGGCUAAUGUCACGAUCAUCUUCCUGGGCCUCACCGAGGGAUGGCGAAGAAGUACCGGUUCAAAACAUGAUCAAUGAGCUCUCAAAGCUCGUUUUAGCUCAAAUGUUGAACUUGCAGACCGAAAAUCAAGACAGUUGAGCUGCAGUUUUGUGGAAAAACUCCGUAGCGAAUGAAACUUAAAAUCACUACUCAGUAGUAAUGUGGAUCUGGAGUUUCUCCAUUGAAUACAAAGUUUUGUUUAAGAUCAUGGCUUCUAUAUCACUUUAUGGGAUAUGCACUUGGUUUGCAUUAAUAUGUAUCAUUUCUGAAGUGAAUUCCACAGUAUUAGAUGCAAAUGGUUUGUGAUUCUAUUUUAGUUAAUUUAGUUAAUAAAAUUAUUUUUGUUAA